CUCAUAAAAAGGAUGAACUAAUGAACUGAGCAGACUAGACGGGCCGUUGUUAUGAUUUGGUGUUUCAUGUUUACAUGUGUUUUUCACAUGGGUUUUCAACAAUGGACGUGACCAAAAGCAACUUUCGGAGUGUAUUGGAAGGACUAGAUGAUGAACUGGAAAAAGCUUCCUUUAUUGCCAUUGAUACGGAGUUUACAGGAUUGAACGAUGGAGGUUCCAACAAACUCUCGUCGCUAGAUACACCUGCAGGUUCAGAUAUAUUUAUCAAUAAUUAAAUAAUAGAGAUACAAGAAGGUUCUAAAUGGUUCGUCAGAAUUCCUGGUUGUUCAGUUUGGAUUAAGCAUAUUUACAUUUGAGAAAAAAGUGUCAAAAUAUGUGAAUAAAACAUACAAUUUUUACAUAUUUCCUCACACCUCAAUGGGUGGAUUGUGUGAUAAAAAGUUUAUGUCCCAAGCAUCUUCUUUGAGUUUUCUUGCAAAUCAAGGGUUUGAUUUCAACAAACUCAUUAAAGAAGGAAUUCCUUACCUUAACUUGCUGGAGGAAGAAAAAGUAAAAUUUAAAUUGGAAAAAAGAAACAAGUUUUCAAAUGUGGAUUCAAAAGUACACUGUCACAAUGAUGAAAUAUCGGAAAUUCCCCCAGACCAGAAAGGAUAUGUUGAUCAUAUUGUCUCAAAGGUCACAACAUUUUUCGAGAGUAAUGGAAAUGAUGAAGAAAAAAGUCCUGCAAUAUUGGAGUUUCAGUGCAGUUCACUUCAGAGUGAACUUAUUUUCUCCCAUGUAAGAACUAGGUACCCAAAUCUGUUGUUUGUAAGUGCAAAGAAAACUUGCGGUGGCUGCACAGUUACCGUUAAAAAGGCUGCAUCGUCAUGUAACUUGGAGAAGGAGUCAUUUGAUAAGAAGAGCUUACCAGCAGCUGAAAAACCCCGCAUUGAAGAUUACGUGGGUUUUAGUGAAGUUGUUCGUAAAAUAACAAAUUCGGGUAAAUUGGUUGUUGGACAUAACAUGUUACUGGAUUUGUGUCAUAUCCUGGGUCAAUUUUGCGAACCUUUACCUGAAGACUAUGAAGAAUUUAAAGCUAUGACGAACACAUUUUUUCCGAGAGUUAUUGACACUAAGGUAAUGGCUACAACGAAGCCAUUUAGAGAUCUUCUACCCAACUCGGCCCUUGGACCUUUGUUAAAAGCGUUACUCAAAGCUCCUUUUAGAAACACGGAAAUAGUUACUGCAAAAGAUUUCCCUUCAUACAAAGAUGAUAGCCUUAAAGAACAUGAAGCUGGUUAUGAUGCAUUUGUAACCGGUCGCUGCCUCAUUGCUUUGACGAAUUAUUUAGAAGAUAUCAGUGCUUCUCAUAAAGCAGCGGUUGUUCAUGAAUCAUCCCUUAUCACACCAUUUUAUCAAAAAAUUUACAUGAUGAUGGUAACGGACAUCCCAUACAUGACACUCUCUGGCCCCGAUUUGGAACCUUCACGCGAACACAUUUUUUAUGUGACAUUUCCAAAAAGCUGGAAGCUCCACGAUAUUUUCCAUUUAUUUUCAGUUCACGGUACAGUUAGAGUUGAUUGGACAGGUGAUACUUCAGCAUUUGUGACUCUGCAUAGGAAGGAAAACUGUCAUUUUGUCUUGAGUGCAAUGAAUGAGAGCACACUGCCUGUAGGAUGUUCUGUCAUAUCAUAUGAAACUUAUGUGAACUCAAAACACAAGAAUGUUGCAAGUUCACAAGCUGCCGAAGUUCAAGAACAAGAACCACCACGGAAACGCUCUGGAUCUGUUAUGCAUAGUAAUAGUUCUGCUCUACCAUCUCCUAAAAAAUCUCGUCGAGACUCAGAAAAUCCAAAAUUGAAUAAAACACAGUUUGCGGUUUCUGCAGACUGGGAUUAAAACAA